CACCAAUUGAUGUAGGUUUCUUCUAUGGAAACCCGUGAACUCAAGUGGCCUACAUCAGCGAUCAAGAGAGAACUUUAUUCAAGUUUCAAACACCAAGUCGUCCGUCGUUCCAACCAUGUCAGACGCAGUCCCCCCAGGAGGGGCGAGUAGCCCACAGGUAUGGUCACCCACCCAAGCACUCCGAGUUGAGCAGAUAUACCAGUGCAACACUCUUUGGCAGAGCCAGCACGAGGCAUGAUGUAGUGAUGUCAGGGCUAAACUCUCUCUCUCUACACAGAUGCCUCAAGGCCCACCAUACCUACCACAAACCGCCCAGUUAGGGGGCCUACCGACCGUCUCGGUAGACGUGCCCAUCUCGGCGGUCCUCCUGUUCAUCUUCGUGUGCGCCGCGGCGACGAAUAUGACCAUCUUCCAGAUCAACCGGAGGCGUGGCCACAAGUUCGUCUUCUCGGGGCUGCUAUUCGGCUUCUGCAUGGCCCGGAUCACCGCCCUGGCGAUGCGCAUCGCCUGGGCGACCCACCCGACCAACACCAACGUCGCUAUCGCCGCCAACGUCUUCACCCAGGCCGGCGUGCUGCUGCUCUUCGUCGUCAACCUCCUCUUCACCCAGCGCAUGGUGCGGGCCUACCAGCCCUCCUUCGGCUGGCGCCGCCCCGUCACCCUUGCCUUCCGCACCCUGCUCUUCUCUGUCAUCGCCCUGCUGGUCAUGGUCAUCACCGCCUCAGUGCACAUGUUCUUCACCCUCUCCCCCGGCGCCCGCACCAAGGACCGCCAAGUCCAGCUCUUCAGCGUCACCUUCCUCGCCGUGCUCGCCUUCCUCCCCAUCCCCCUCUCCCUCCUAGCCGCCCUCUGGCCGCAGCGCCGCACCCCGGCCGAGAACUUCGGCCGCGGCCGCCUAUCCACCAAGCUGUACCUCCUCCUCUUCACCGCGACGCUCCUCGCCCUCGGCGCGUGCUUCCGCGCCGGCGUCGCCUUCGACGUCCGGCCCGCCUCGCACCCGGCCUGGUUCCACCACCGCGCCUGCUACUACGUCUUCAACUUCGGCAUCGAGCUCGUCGUCGUCUUCACCUACGCCGCCUCCCGCUUCGACCGCCGCUUCCACGUCCCCAACGGCAGCUCCGCCCCGGGCCACUACGCCGCCGGCGCCGGCCGCGGCGCCGCCGACAGCGGCGACGACGUCGGGGAUGAGUCGGCGUGGGCCGAGAGGGCGAGGAAGGAGUUGUCGACUUCGGAUCUUGCGCACCCGGGCCCUGGGCCUGAUUUUGAGCUGGGCACUGCGGGUAGUAGGUAGAAGUGCGGGUUUCUUGAGGAACAUUAUUUGGUUUCUCUUCUUAUAUCUAUUUUCUUGUUGUCUUUUGAGCAUGGUUGGGUAUAAUCUAGAGGAUGACACCAGCCAGCUCCUUGCAUUGCCAGGCUUUUCACCAGUGUUAGCUUGUUCGGCGGUACUCCCCACCCCCUACUGAAUCAUUUUAGAAUAUCUUGGAGUAUCGGUGUAUUUUGUGUUAAAUACCUCGGUCGUUGGAUAAAGUGGCAUGGAAUGUUAGCUUAGAUACCUGAGAACGAGUAGACCAUAGAUACGUAGCAUAUAGGUACCACAUAAUCAAGAAUAGGUACAGGGAGCACUGAGGUUAGGUAUGCGCGGCUCCUGAUAAUGGAACUUACCGGCGUCAGUUGAAGCCCGGAUCGUUUAGAAACGCCGAUGACGUGCGUUUACAUUAUUAUUCUUCCG